AUGAAAACAAUCCUUGAUCACCACCGUACUGGGCCUCAGUUUUUAGACCUCCUACUUUCAUUUGCUACUGGAAACAAAGAGUCAGAGGCCGGCACGGGAAGCAUGAUCACGAAGAACAACCCUGACGGCUCCUAUGAAGUACAGUAUCGACUCAGCUACGUUGAAGAAGUUAUAGGGAACUCGUCAAGUUCCUGGGCAAUACGGCAGACUGGGAUAUAUCAUCGCCAUGUCCCGAAUGGACCGGGAAGCAUAUGGAUCUUUCUCCACCCGAGACCAAACUCAACCUUACAGCAACGGAUCGAAGCUUGUGCGUUAGAAUGGGAUCACAGUGGAGGCUCAUUUGAUGAUUGGGAGCUUUCCCAUAUUCUAGCCCUGUCGUCCUAUUUUGGUGAUUGGAGAUGGUAUUUGAAAACCCUGAGUGCAGACACCGAACACAUCGCGUCUGUUGCAUUGUCGCUUGACUUUGCUAGAGAAGGUCAUUAUGGGAGAGGCACAGAUACUCUUCAAGGCUUACAUAGUCUGCUCGAGAAAGUCCUGCCUCUCUCCCCUAGACUGCGCUCGACUCUGGCAACUGUGAAGUCCCUCAAGAGCCUUUAUGAGACGCUACAAAGGCAGGGGUUGUAUGGAGAGCUUCAUUCGAUCAAGAUUUUGGACGAGCUUCGGUCGUAUGAGGUCCAUACCCAUGAGCACAUUGCUACCGUUGCCUUGCUAGAAAAGAGGAUACAAGAAAUACUGAGUUUGCUGGCAGUCGCCCUCAACCUCAAAAGCCAAUCAACCGCGGUCAAGAUCAAUCGAAACAUCUGGAGCUUGACAAAGGAUACUGUCGAUGACUCGGCAACUGUACGCCUAAUCACCAUUGUCACCCUGAUUUUCCUUCCAGCCAGUUUUGUUACUUCUUUCCUCGGCAUGAAUCUCUUCACCUUCCAGACUUCCGACGGCUCAGGAUUUGCAAUCUCAAGACAAUUUUGGAUCUUCGUUCUGAUGACAGUAUCUCUAACCUUCAUCACCGUAGGAUCUUGGAUGAUCAUGUCGCGGAAGCGGAGGAAACAGAAGAACCGCAACGAGCAAAUGUCGACAGCGAGUGAAGAGGUGGUGUAG